AUGACUUCGCUCGUGGCCACGCUCGACGACGCCGUCCGCGCCGUCGUGGUGCGGCGGCUGCGGCGGUUGGACCAGUGGUCCGUCAUUAAGCUCGUCCUCGGUCUUCUCGGCGCGGCGCGUGCCUAUCGGCGGCUGCGGCAGAUCAUGCGGACGACCGGCCUGCGCCGCUGGGCCUUUACGACCGCCAUGCCGCUGCUCAAGCAGCUUCCGCCGGUGAGGAAGGAGCUUGAGGAGGGCCAGGCAAAGGUGAGGGCCGACUUGGAGGGCGUGCUGUUCCGCGACCUCACUGCACCGCGGCUCGAGCUGCCCGCCAAGGGCACGCCGCAGGCGGAGCUGCUGCAGCUGAUGGAGAAGCGGCACGAGCUGGACCGCAAGUACUGGGAGGACGGCACCAUCACGGGCGCCGUCUACCACGGCGAGCGGGAGCACAUGGACUUUGUGGGCAAGGUGUACGGCCAGUUUGCCUUCUUCAACCCACUGCACGCCUCGCUCCACCCGGCGACCCGCCAGAUGGACGCAGAGGUGGUGGCGAUGGUGCUGCGCAUGUGCGCCGCCGCCGCCGCCGCCGCCGCCGCCGCCGCCCCGCCCCACGGGUCGCGUCGAGUCAUGGGCGGAGGUGCUCUGCAGGCGAUGAAGACGUACCGCGACUGGGGCAGCGCCACUCGCGGUGCGGGCCACUACUUCGGAAUCGAGGCCGUCGACGUGGCGCAUGUCCGCUCUCUCAUCGACUCCAACACCGUCGCCCUCGUCGGCUCGGCGCCGCAGUUUGCCACCGGCACCAUCGACCCGAUCGAGGCGCGCCCACCCAACCUCGCGCCCGCUGUCGCACGCCCGCCGUCGGAGCUCGCCGAGCUCGCCGAGGCGCGCGGGAUCGGCCUGCACGUCGACUGCUGCCUCGGGGGGUUUGUGGUUCCCUUCAUGGCGGCCGCGGGCUCGCCGCCGCCGCACGGCUUCGAUUUUACGGUGCGCGGCGUCACCACGAUCUCGUGCGAUCCCCACAAGUACGGGUUCGCGCCAAAGGGGGCGUCGGUGCUCAUGUUCCGGAGCAAGGAGCUGCGCCACCACAUGUACACUUUUGCCACCGAGUGGACUGGCGCGACGCCCUCCGCCCCUCUCCCUCGGCCUGCCCCUCGCCUCUCGCCCCUCGCCGCCGCCCCUCGCGCCCUCUCGCCCUCGUGCCCAGCCACCGGGCACCGGCACCGAGGCUCAGCGCCGCUCGACGCUGCCGCGCCCCUCCCAGGCGGCAUCUACGCCACGCCGACGAUGCUGGGCUCGCGGCCCGGCGGCGUGGUCGCGGCGACUUGGGCGGCGAUGAUGCGCUACGGCGAGGCUGGGUACGUCGAGCCGACGGCUACACGGACAUGCGAGGCUGGGUACGUCGAGUCGACGGCGCAGAUCGUCGGCGCGACGCGCCGCAUCGCGGAGGCGAUCCCGACGGCGAUCCCGACGAUCGGCGGGCUCGAGUUGGUUGGCCGCGCGGACGCGUGCGUCGUCGCGUUCGGUGCGAAGCAGGGAUCGGGCCUCAACUGCUACAGCGUCGCCGAUUGCCUCAAGGAGAUUGGCGGCUGGGAGCUCGCGACGCUGCAAAACCCGGCCGCCGUCCACCUCGCCGUCACGCUGCCGACCGCAAAGAACGCGACGCGGUUCGUCGACGAGCUGCGGGCGGCUGUGCGCUCGGAGCCGGAAAAGUACAAGGGCGGCUCGGCGGGCCUGUAUGGCAUGGCCUCCAGCCUUCCGACGAGUUUCAUCGAGGAGACGGCGAAGGUGUACCUCGACACAAUGACCGCUUGUCCAGAGUCGCACAAGUGA